AUGCAGGCCAUCAAGUGUGUGGUUGUGGGGGACGGGGCUGUGGGUAAGACAUGCCUUCUCAUCAGCUACACGACCAAUGCAUUCCCUGGAGAGUACAUCCCUACAGUCUUUGACAACUACUCUGCUAAUGUUAUGGUCGAUGGAAAACCUGUGAAUCUUGGUCUUUGGGAUACAGCUGGACAAGAGGACUAUGACAGGCUUAGGCCAUUGUCCUACCCCCAAACGGAUGUGUUCCUGAUUUGCUUCUCAGUUGUCAGUCCUGCCUCCUUUGAAAAUGUUCGGGCCAAGUGGUAUCCUGAAGUCAGACACCACUGUCCCAACACGCCAAUCAUUUUGGUGGGCACAAAGCUGGAUCUGAGAGAUGACAAGGACACAAUUGAUAAACUAAAGGAGAAGAAACUCAUCCCAAUCACCUAUCCCCAGGGCCUUGCAAUGGCUAAAGAAAUAACUGCAGUAAAGUAUCUGGAGUGCUCAGCUUUGACCCAGCGUGGCCUUAAGACAGUGUUUGAUGAAGCCAUCAGGGCAGUCCUGUGCCCUCCACCAAUGAAGAAGAAGAGGAGAGCUUGCCUUUUGUUGUAA